UGGUCGCAGGUGACAUCAGUGCAGCAGGCUGUCUCCCUGCAUGUGAGUAUAUAUACCAAGACCAGGACACAAAUGAUGAAACUUGACAUGGCACAUGGCCAACUUCAGAAGUACAAACCCCUGCUUCGCGAGCAGCUCAAAGUCAGCACUGCCAUGGGUGAUCCAAAUGCCUGUGGUCAACAAAAUGAAUCCCUUGUGUGGUUCUGGUCCGUCGAGGUCGACAUGCAUGGUCUGGAUCAAUCAUGGAAUGAGGAAUGUGAGUUCCCUAAUGCUCGACACCUCUGGGCAAAGGCACUACGGGAUCAAUGGAAGGAAGAGCUGAUGUUGGUCCAAUUCGAGAUGGAUUGGACAUGUAACUUUUUCUUGUGGAAAGCAACCCAAUGGGGCGACCGGAUGCAGGAAUCAUUCACGAAACGACUUCCGGGUCAUGCAUGCUACUCUGGAAGGCAAUCCCGAAUGUAUUCAUUGCUGGUGCAGGACACCCAGGCAGCGUUUCAACACCUGCAGACCGUUUUGAUAGAUUCCCAAGAUGAAUGA